AUGAGCCGCUACCUGCUACCGCUGUCCGUGCUGGGCACAGCGGUGGGUGGCGCCGUGCUGCUCAAGGACUAUGUUGCUGGCGGGGCUUGCCCCAGCAAAGCCACUAUACCUGGAAAGACAGUCAUUGUGACAGGCGCCAACACGGGCAUCGGAAAACAAACUGCCUUGGAACUGGCCAAAAGAGGAGGCAACAUCAUCCUGGCCUGUCGAGACAUGGAGAAAUGUGAAGCAGCAGCAAAGGACAUUCGCAGGGAGACCCUCAACCACCGUGUCAAUGCCCGACACCUGGACUUGGCUUCCCUCAAGUCCAUCCGAGAGUUUGCACUGAGGAUCAUUGAAG